AGGUCUCGAGGCGUUUUUUCACUUCAUUGUCUGGAUAUACAAGAACAGGGUGAUAAACAAACCAGUACAUGAUGUGUAAUGAGCUAUGAUUUAUUAGUUUUGUGAAACUUAGGUAUCGGGGGAUUGUGAGAGCCACCUGCAUGAAAUCAAGUCUUCAGACCCACCAGAUCCAGCUCCCACUGAGGAUCCAGAGGAGGCUCCAUGUCGAAAACUGCUAACAACACUCAUCCAUGGGCUUGAUGCACAUUUAUUUGAUUCAAACCACGACAUCUACAUGCCCAACUGUGACAAGCGUGGCUUCUUCAGAAAGAAGCAGUGUUGGUCAUCUCGAGGGAAGCAGCGUGGAAAGUGUUGGUGUGUGGAUGAGAAAGGCAUGCUGGUCGCUACAGGAACCAGAGAGAAAGGCCGCCUGAGCUGCUGAGUGGCAUGAAGACUGGACUGAAGCAGAGGAGGAUAAAGAUGAAGGAACAUCACACAGAGAAACUGAUUCAUUCUCCAUCAGCCAGAAACAGCUUUCCACCAAUGAAGAACUGUGUCAAAAUCUUAGUAACUUUGUCUCUUUGCGCCCUCUGCUGAAAAUAUUGAGGUUGUAUUGAUCUGAUUUAUUACUUUAGAGAAAGACUUUGCAGAGACAACAUCUCUCUCCCUGAUCAUUUAACUCUGCAGCAACUCUGCAGAAACGUUUGCACAUUUUCAAGUUGUUUACUUUUUAAGUUCAAGAUUUUAACUCCAUAAAUAUCUUAUGUCAAGUUUUAUAAUUACAAUUGGAAACCUGUUUUUAUAUAACUAGAUAUAUAAACCAUACAUAAGAUAUAAUUUGGCAUUUUGUUUGCACCCAGUCUAUCAUAUUUAUAUAAUAUUUUUCUUACAUUGAAACCACUGUAAUUUUAUUUCUGUGUAUAUAAUAUAUAGAUGUCAUUCUAUUUAUGUUACUUUUUAUAUGAUUUUUUAUUUAUGCUAAUAUUACUAACAAAUAUGUUGACUAGCUCAUAAGAGCAGACACAAGACGAAUGCACAUGCUGGCAUUAUUUUCAAGUUAGUUUUAAGAAAAGUUUCCGUUUUUUGAGUUUCUGAAUUGAUAUUUUAUUAAAAAUAAAAAUGUGAUUUCUCACAAA